CUUAGCUACAUUUUUGAUGUUGUGGACAUGGAAAUGGACGGGGUGUUGUGAUAUUUAUUGCCAGUUUUUUCACAAAAACUUGAUAGAUUGACAUAGUACAUAUGUAAAGGAUAGCACACGUGCAGACUUCAUCAUGAGCAAUUCAAGAAGGUCCAAACAUCAUGAUUUUUCUGGAGACAGUGAUUUAGAGUCAACUGUAACACCUAUUAAUCCUCCAGAUGAUGACGGCCAUGGACAGAUCAUCGAGUCAGAUAGUCUCUCCGACUUCUAUCUUCACGAAGCCAAACAGAAAAGGCAAAGGAAGAAACGACAGAACUAUGAUGCUGAGGAAUCCGACGAAGACCACCACAGCAGAAACAACAUGAAACAGAUCUACAGAGAAUUACAGACUAUCAGUAAAAAGCUGAAGGAAGAGAACAAGAUUCUGUAUGAGAGAGAACAGAAAGUGAAGGAGAGAGAGAGGAUGGUGUCCAUCUCCUCAGCCAGUGUACAGACGAUUACAGACCAUGCCAUUCGACAAAGGCUACAAGCUAUGGAGGAGAAGCACAGAACAGAAGUGGCCACACUAGAACAAGCCCUGAGAGAAAAGGGCAAAGACCAUAAACGUGUAAAAGACAAUUUUGAGACUCUUAAACAAGCCAACGACGCCCUUAAGAAGGAGCUGGAAACGUUACAAUCUGAACAUGAGAAACUGGAAAAACAGUCUAUGAGUGUCCAGUCUCGACUCACCAAUCUACAGAGGAAACAAGAAUUUGCAGAACGGCAAAAAGACCUGGCAUUAGCUGUACCAAAACAGAAACCGCAAAAAGAUGCUGAGGAAAAAUCUAAAUCAGCCAAACAGUCAAAGGUAACUCUGCCAGUGUACACAUUUGAUGUGAUGGGAGUGCUGUUGGACUGGAUUUGUGAUGCUCACCUGCGCUACACUGUCACUGACCAGUCAGUUCGCCCCACUGACCGCCACUUUGCCCCUGAGUAUGUCCAGGAAAAAGUUCUAAAGAUAUUACCAUCCUCGGUGGAUUUAUUGCGGGAGUUUCCGGGACAGAAUCUCCGUAUCAGUCUGCCAUGUAUACAGUUUAUCUACUGGUCGCUUGUACACAUAGAACAGGGACCAGGCACACAGAAGUCGAGUCUUUCCUCGACGUUACGAAGACUUGGGGAGGAGAUGUACCGUGCCAAGACCGUACGUUUCUCAGACACAGAUAAAAUGUUGGACAGCCUACCGCCUCCUCUGAACAAGCCUGACAAGAGUAAGGAUGCUGUGUACUUCAGGAGUACAAACCUCCAUGUCCGACUUCUGUCUUCCCUCAUCAUACUGAAGACCCUCAGUCAGGUUGACCUUCUAGCUCAUGUAUUUGAUGUCCUGAGGAACGACCUUAAAUCAGAAAUAGCCAAGGAACUGUAUCUGUACUACCACGCUACGCCGGUCAUUCUGAUGUACCUCAAACCCGUAAAUAAGGCAUUCAUGGGUGCAGCCAUGGACAUAUUCCUACAGAUGUCUUCAGAUUCACCUUUCCAGCAGUCAUUCCUUGAGGGAUGUAGCAACGAGACCUGGUUCAGAACCAUUGCCAUGGUCCUUCGAGCUCCCAGUCAAGACUACAAAGUACUAGAAAAGCUCAGCAUCAUCCUUCAGAAACUCUCUAAAAUGAAGUCCAACAGGAAGUACUUUGAAGUUUAUACCAUAGUUGCCAUCAUACAGGAACUUUUACGAGGUUGCGCCACAGAACAAGCUUUUUUAGCCCUGAACCUCAAAUCUAUACUGUUUAAUCUUACUGCCGAGUGCUCCAAUCAGAUCUGAGAGGAGGAUUUUAGCUUUAAACUGAACUCAUUGUUAUCAUUCUCGUAGCGGAGUGCUCCAAUUAGAUCUAAAAGGCAGAUAUUGGCUUUAAAAUGGUCUCCUACGCUUUGUCAUUCUCAUCCCUGAGAAUGUAAACAGAUUUUUGAAAUACAGAAACACAAUCCGCCCUCAACAACUUUGCUGCUGUCAAUUGCUCCAAUCAGAACUGAGAGAAGGAUUUUAGCUUGCAACUGAACACUAUGUUGUCAUUCUGAUGCCUGAUGGCUGUAAGCAGAUAUGAUAGAUUGAUUUAGAAGGUUGUUGAUCAUAUUUUACAUCUAGAGACUCCUGAAUCUGGAAGAUUAUGUAUGGUAUUUUGGCAUCAAUUCUUAUUGGACAAAUCAGUUUGAAUGUUCAUUCUUAAUUUGUCAGCAGAAGAAUCCUCAACAUGUCUAACAUAAAGAUAACGUUUUAUGUGUUCAUCAAAUAUCUUGGGAAUGAGGAAAUUUGGUUGUUAAAGGAAUGCAUAUACCUAUUUAUUGUAUAUGCAUGGCUUUUAAACAUUGAAUUUGUUCAGGUAAUACAGAUGAAAAAAUAUGGGGUUGUAUACUAUCACAAUUAAAACACUAAUCCUGAUAUUGUUUCUGGUGAUAGAUACUGUGAGGAGAGUGACUGCUAGUUACAAUAUGUUAAGUACUAUAGAUAUUUGUAAAUAAUUAUUUUUAUUAUGAAAUAAAUGUUCAUGUAUUAAAUUAUUUCAAACAUUGUUAAUGCACAGGCGUCUGCAUCUGGUUAGUAUUUAUAGAAAAAAAAUAUUAGCCCCUACUCCUACUACAUAUUUACAUCAACAAGGUGUAACUCUUGAAAUGUCGAAAGUGGGGAGUGAGCUUCGAUUCACUUUUAAUUUAAGUUCUAUCCAAUAAAAUAUAUUAAAUACACAAAGACUUCAUUAACAUACCAUGGUUUAGAAUCCUUAAAUGUCAAGGCACAUUAUUUCUUUCUCGUGUGACAAUGAUUGAAAGAUGAAUGGAUCAAAAUGGGUCGUGAUAGUCGACGAUAUGUUGACUGUGGAAAGAAGUGGACUAUAUAUUUUAGAGCGGUUUUGCAAUGGGCAAUCUGAUUGGUCAACAGCUCUGUAAACAAUACAAACUAUAAUUUUCAACCAAUCAGACUGUCCGUUUUAAAACAGGUCUAAGAUAGAUAUCCUACUUCUGUUCCACGGUGGAUGAAUUGUCUGAUCUAGUGUUACACCUUGUUGAUGUUGUAGGAGUAGGGCUUAUAUUUUUUUCUAUAAAUACUAACCAGAUGUAUCCACCUGUGGUUUAUUGAUUGCUUAUAGAUAUUUUGUAGAUGGGCAAGAUUUUAUUACAAUUAAGUAAGAAAAUAACAAUCAUAAAGUUAACAAUAGAAUACUAGAAGCCUAUGUCUGUUUUUGUUUUUAUUGGCACAGAAAAUUAACAUGUGCAAAUGCAUGCUUACACUAAACUAUGUAAAACCUG